AUGCCUUGGCGGAUUGCGCUGCGGAAUUCUGCUGCUGCGUUGCAGAGGUCGACCGGGUACGCCACUCUACUCAGGGCGUCGCGAUGGCCAUUAUAUCCUCGAGUUUCGCUCGCGAGAACGCUACCUCGGUCUGCAUUUUCGACUGGGUCUGCGAGAUGGAAAGAUGCUGGGAGGGAGAAGGACGAGAAAGAAGUUGAAGAGGAGAAACCAGAGAAGAAGGUAGAGGAGAAGGUAGAGGAGAAGCAAGAGGAGAAGAAAGAGGAGAAGAAGGAGGAGAAGAGUGGCGAGGCGGUUGUGGAGGGGAAGAUCAAGAGUGCAACUGAUGGGAAGAGUAGCGCUGCUGCAUCAUCAGGGACCGGGGGAGAAGCUCCUCCUGCUGCUGGGGGAGGUGAUGGGCGAAGAGGUCGAAAGCCAGAAAAGGCAUUACAGAAACCUACCGUCCCAGAAGUCUAUCCUCGAGUCCUCGCGAUUCCAAUUGCGAAACGGCCGCUCUUCCCGGGCUUUUAUAAAGCAGUCACAGUGCGCGAUGAGAAUGUCGUCAAGGCGAUUAAGGAUAUGAUUAAUAGAGGACAGCCAUACAUCGGCGCGUUCUUGUUCAAGGAUGAGAAUCACGAUGGCGAUACGAUUGAGAGUAUGGAUCAGGUACACGAUGUCGGAGUUUUUGCGCAAAUCACAAGUGCGUUCCCUGUUGGGGAUGAUGGUGCGCUUACGGCGGUCUUGUAUCCUCAUCGAAGGAUCAAGAUGUCGGAGUUGAUAAAUACGCAGAGCUUGAAGGCGGCAAAGGAUGGCGCGGGAGCUGAACCAGCGGCUCCUGAGCCAAUACCUCAAAAACCUACAAAAGACGAAGCUCCUGCUGAGAAGAAGGGUGAUGUGGUUGCUUCAUUUGAGGAGACCUCUGUUCCGUCGACACCGAAAUCGGAUACCCCCAAUCCUGUUUACGAACCGACAUCCUUCCUUAAUCAAUACGCGGUAUCUCUUGUUAACGUUGAAAAUAUUGUUAAUGAACCGCAUGAUCCGAAAAAUUUAACUAUUCGUGCCAUCACGAAUGAAAUUGUCAAUGUCUUCAAGGACGUUGCAAAUCUCAAUAGCCUCUUCCGGGAUCAGAUCUCUACGUUCUCCAUGUCCCAAUCAGCAGGAAAUGUUAUGGAAGAACCUGCAAAGCUGGCAGAUUUUGCUGCUGCUGUUGCGGCUGGGGAUGCUGAAGAAUUGCAAGAUGUGUUAGAAGAACUUAAUGUUGAACGACGUUUGAGGAAGGCUCUAGUCGUUCUCAAGAAGGAGUUGAUGAACGCAGAAUUGCAAAGUAAGAUCACAAAGGAUGUCCAGAACUCCAUUGAGAAACGCCAGCGCGAAUACUGGCUCACGGAACAGAUGAAGGGUAUUCGUCGAGAACUUGGUAUUGAAUCAGAUGGCAAGGACAAGCUUGUUGAGAAAUUUCGAGAGAAGAGUCUUAAACUUGCGAUGCCAGAGGCGGUCAAAAAGGUGUUUGAUGAGGAGUUGAAUAAACUUGCUCAUUUGGAACCUGCGGCGUCAGAAUUCAAUGUCACGAGGAAUUACCUGGAUUGGCUUACUCAGAUUCCUUGGGGACAGCGAAGUGCUGAGAACUUUGGAAUCAAGAAUGCGAUGACUGUUCUGGAUGAAGAUCAUCAUGGCUUGAAAGAUGUCAAGGAUCGUAUUCUGGAGUUUAUUGCUGUUGGGAAACUACGCGGGACUGUUGAGGGUAAAAUCCUCUGUUUCGUUGGUCCACCCGGUGUUGGAAAGACUAGUAUUGGAAAAUCUAUCGCCAGGGCUUUGAACAGACAGUAUUACCGCUUCUCUGUUGGUGGUCUUGCUGAUGUGGCCGAGAUCAAGGGACAUCGUCGAACAUAUGUUGGUGCUUUACCAGGUCGCAUCAUUCAAGCGUUGAAGAAAUGUCAGACUGAGAAUCCUCUUAUUCUUAUUGACGAGAUUGACAAACUUGGUAGAGGUCAUCAAGGUGAUCCAGCUUCCGCCUUGUUGGAAUUGCUUGAUCCGGAGCAGAACAACUCUUUCUUGGAUCAGUACCUUGAUGUUCCUGUUGAUUUGUCCAAAGUCCUCUUUGUCUGUACAGCAAAUAUGACAGACACUAUUCCUCGCCCUCUCCUUGAUCGUAUGGAGGUCAUCCAGCUUUCUGGUUACGUUGCCGAUGAGAAGAUGGCAAUCGCAGAACGUUACCUCAGUCCUGCCGCGAAAGAGUUGGCAGGUCUCAAAGACGUAGAUGUUGCACUCGAGAAAGAAGCCAUCGAAGAACUCAUUAAAUCGUACUGCCGAGAAUCUGGAGUCCGAAAUCUGAAGAAGCAGAUUGAAAAGGUCUACCGCAAAUCUGCUCUCAAAAUCGUCCAAGACUUAGGCGAGAGCGCUCUCCCAGAGGAAGAAGCACUUACAGAGGAGGGCAAAAAAGCAUUAGAAGAGAGUAAGAAAGAUGAAACAGAUGUCAAAGAAACUCCCGAAAACAUCGCCGCAGAAACGACAGAAAAACCUCGCAUCUCCCUGGAAGUCCCAGAUACAGUCCACGUCUCCAUCAACCGUCAAAAUCUAAAGGACUACGUCGGUCCACCAGUCUUCACAUCGGACCGCCUCUACGAAACCACACCACCAGGUGUAGCAAUGGGUCUAGCAUGGACCCAAAUGGGCGGCGCAGCCCUCUACGUCGAGUCCAUCCUUGAGUCCGCACUCACCCGUGACUCCCGCCCUGGUCUCGCAACCACAGGUAACCUCCGCGCCGUCAUGAAAGAAUCGACCACCAUCGCCUACUCGUUCGCCAAAUCCGUCAUGGCGAAAUCGUACCCACAGAACGGCUUCUUCGAUAAAGCGAAGAUCCAUCUGCAUUGUCCCGAGGGCGCGGUGCAGAAGGAUGGGCCGUCGGCGGGGAUUACGAUGGCGACUAGUUUGUUGAGUUUGGCGCUGGAUCGCGCACUGGAUCCGACAAUUGCUAUGACUGGCGAACUGACGGUUACGGGUAAGGUGUUGAGGAUUGGGGGACUCAGGGAGAAGACUGUGGCGGCGAGGAGAGCCGGGUGUAAGAUGAUUAUUUUCCCGGCGGAUAAUUUGAGUGAUUGGCUAGAGUUGCCUGAAAACAUCAAAGAAGGCAUCGACGGCCGCCCCGCAGCAUGGUACCACGACGUCUUCGACCUCGUCUUCCCAGGUCUAGACGCCGAAAAGGCGAAUUCGAUGUGGAAGAAGCAGUUGGAGAAAAAGAAGAAAGACUCGAAGAAGGAUGAUGAGGAUGAUGAUUGA